CUCAUGUAGUAAGAUCAUUCUCGUUCAGCGGCAACCAGAUAAGUAUAUUGCAGAACCUGGGUGAUACGCACGACUGGGUUGAAAAUUAUUGAAGGAAACAUUCGCUUUUUUUAAUUGUCGUUACCAAUUGACCAAAUCUUGAUGGCUGUUUUGUUCGCAAAAUAAAACGUUUCGUUGCGACAUUCACAUGUGUUCUUUUUGACACGACAAGCGGAUAUUUUACACUUCCCCGGAGUCAGAGAGAAGACGAGGCGCUCAAAAUGAAGUAUAAAAACCUGAUGGCCAAGGCGUUAUAUGACAACGUCCCAGAGUCCCCGGAGGAGCUGGCCUUCCGGAAAGGGGACAUCUUAACAAUCAUUGAGCAGAACACGGGUGGCCUGGAGGGGUGGUGGCUCUGCUCGCUACACGGACGCCAGGGCAUCGCCCCGGGCAACCGCCUCAAGCUGCUGAUUGGUCCAAUGUUCGAUGCCCAGUCCCCUAUCGCCCAAUCAUCACCUAUAGGCUCGUCCUACCAGCAGAAGGCCGUGUCAUCGUCCCAGGGGCUGUACCAGGUGCCCCCGUCCCUCCAGAGCCCGGGGCAGCAAGGGAUCUACCAGGUACCCCUGGGACAAGAUGUGUACCAGGUCCCCCCUCAGAGGAAUGCCCUGGCUGCAGACAACACCCCCAGCAAGGUGGUGACCCCGACAGGAGUGGGACAGUCCUAUGCCUACAGCGCUGGUCAGCAUAACCAACAGGACCUCUAUGACGUUCCUCCAAUGAGACCACAGGGGGUGUAUGACAUUCCUCCUGGGAAACUGAUGGGCUCACACUCUCCCGGACAACAUGGGAAUGCUCGUCCCCAAGGAGGAAUCUAUGAUAUUCCUCCAUCCACUCAAAUGGACCCUCGGAAACAAGGGGUUUACGAUAUCCCUCCCUCCACACAAGGGGUGUACUCUGUGCCUCCCUGCUGGAACACCCCAGCCCUCCAGGAGGGGAACUACGAUUUCCCCCAGCCUCUCAAACAACACAAACAACAGGAGGGCAUCUACGACGUCCCCCCUCCCACCUUUACCAAGCCCUCAGCCUCCCUGUCCCCCCAGUCCAACUAUGACUUCCCCCCCAGUUCCCAGCCAAUUGGCCCCCACCACCUCCAACGCCCCGUCGCCAAUGACAACGAGGGAAUCUACGACGUGCCGCCCCCCUCCCACCAGCUCUCUGGGGCGGUGCCUCGUGGGGACCUGUAUGACAUCCCCAGGGGGAUGCAGCAGCCCCCCUCCCAGCACCGCUCCACCCCCCAGGAGAGGGACAGGGGGAAGGGCCAAGGCAUAUAUGACAUCCCCCCUGCUCUGGGGGACGUGACAGAUGGGGUGAAUCGCCUGUCCUUCUCCAGUACGGGCUCCACACACAGUUCCAUGUCAACCUCCUCCACCUCCACAGUCUCCAGCGCUGAGGGCCGGCUGGCCCUGGAUGUGGACCAGGCCGUCCAGAGGCUGUGCCGCCAGCAGCAGGCGGUAGAGGCCUCAGUCGGGGCCCUGCAGAGCCUGGCCUCUUCCCCCCACUGGAGGACUUACCCUUUCAUGGAGCGCCAUACCAACGAGGUGCGCACCGUGCUAGACCGGGUGCGGGCAGCCCUGGGAGACUUUGUGGUGUUUGGGAGGGGUGCUGCGGCCAACGCCACUGCCCUGUCAGACCCCAGCCUGCACAGUAAGCUAAGGAGGCAGCUGGGGAGGCUAGAGGACUCCCAGCAGAUCAUCCUGCAGACCUACCAGAGCCUGGAGAACUGCGGCUGGGCCCUCAACACCGUGACCAUCUCCAGCGCCUCCAAGCACCAGAUCAAGAGUGACGACCUGGAUCGUUUUGUCAUGGUGUCCAGGACGGUGCCCGACGACGCCAAGCAGCUGGCCUCCUCCGUGGGGGGUAAUGCUGAGCUGCUUUUUAGACGAGCACCCACCAUGAACGGGUCUUCCUACCCCAGGGGUGGUACACCCGAGGAGGCCGUCAUCCACCCUCUAACCUCUCCACCCUCAGAUAGUGAUAACUACAGGGGCCACACCAAGCCCUUUCCUGUGCCCUCCAGCCAAGACAAAGGCAACAUGAACAAUAGUGAGAAGUGUGUUAAGAGCUGGAUGGAGGACUAUGACUACGUCCAUCUGCAGGGAAAAGAGGACUUUGAGCGUCAACAGAAGGAGCUCCUGGAGAAAGAGAACAUCAUUAAACAGAGCAAGGUGCAGCUGGGACAGGAACAGAUGAACCAGUUCAAGCAAUUGGAGCAAGAGGUGAUCAAACCAGUGGAGAACGACAUCACACAGUGGAUCUCCCACCAGCACCCGACAGGCCCCUCCUCCUCCCCGUCAGACACCUCCUCCUCUCCUUCCCCCUCCCUGACAGGAGGCAGGGCCCAGCUGUGUGGGCGGGACCGUCAGCUGCUGGGCUUCUACGCAGAGCAGUGCCAGCAGCACUUUGUCACGUUGCUCAAGGCCGUGGACGCUUUCUUCGGUUGCGUGGGCGCUGGCCAGCCACCCCGCAUCUUUGUGGCACACAGCAAGUUUGUCAUCCUCAGCACUCACAAACUGGUAUUUAUUGGUGACACUCUGUCCAGGCAGGCAGCCACGCCCGAGGUGGCCAACCGGGUGAUGAACUCUAGCAAUGUGCUUUGCGACCUGCUGAAGACUGUGGUGGGAGCCACUAAGACGGCCGCGUUGCACUACCCCAACACCGCCGCCGUUCAGGACAUGGUGGACAGAGUCACGGAUCUCUCACACCACGCUCAACAGUUCAAAGAACAGCUGCUGCAGAUGGCUGCUUUGUGAUUGUUUGUGUUGUCACUACCUGAUCCCUUCUAUUGCACCAUAGCAUCCUACGUGUAUAUACCGUAUAUAUCUAUAUAUGUAUAUUGCUCGUUGUUAAUCUUAAGAGUUUUUUUGGGGGGGCUGUUCUGUACAUAUUUGGCUCUAUUUUUGUGUAGAAUGUUUUUAUAUACAGUAUCAGUCAAAAGUUUGGACACACCUACUCAGUCCAGGGUUUUACAUAAUUUUUUACUAUAUUCUACAUUGUAGAAUAAUAGUGAAGACAUCAAAACUAUGAAGUAACACACAUGG